AACUGGUCUAGAACACAGAUUUGAAAGGGAGGGAAGGGGCACUUUUGAGGAAAUGGGUGUAGAGUACAGCCCUUUUCUGCACCCUUAUGUUUAACUUUUAGAGCUCAAAAGUCAGGAGGUACGAAGAGAGAAGAAGAAAAAAGGCAACAAAGUAAAGACAAACUAGAAUUUCUAAAAAUUUGCUUAGACUUUAAGCCUCUGAAAGUCACAGGGUUGUUCUGGACAAAAGCUCUGCCCUGUGAAGAAGCCAUGGUUUGUCUUCUUGUGUUUAUAAUCGUGCUCCAUCUGCUCAGCCUGGCCAUGCUCCUCAUAGCCACUCUGGAGAAGUCCUGGUGGAUAUGGGAAGAUUCAGAAAUCACUGAUCUCUGGUACAACUGUCUCCAUGACAACACCACAGACUCCUGGUUGUGUGCUGCCACGACUGAAAGUGACUGGCUCCAGUCUGUUCAGGCCCUCAUGGUCCUCUCAGUGGUCUUCUCCUCCGUCUCACUCCUGGUUUUUCUGGGUCAGUUGUUCACUUUGACCAGAGGGAGCCUCUUCUACUUCACAGCUCUGUGUCAGGCUUUUGCAGGUUUCACAGAUUUUGCAGCCUGCCUCAUCUUCGCCUUCCACAGAAAAGAAAUCUUAAGUGCUUCCAGAGAUCUGAGCAGAGGACGCUUUGGCUACUGCUUUGUUCUGGCAUGGCUGUGUGUUCCUCUCCUGCUUGUUACUGGAGUCCUGUAUAUUCAUCUGCGCAAAAAGCAAUGACCCAUGAAAAUAAAAUAAAAUAAAAUAAAAGGGGAAAAA